GACCUAUAUGAGCCUCUUUGGCGGCCUUAGACCCAAGCGCCAGCCAUGACGCUAUCACGCCGCGAGCUGCGCGCACGGAAAGGCCGCAACGGUCGCCCAGCUUGGCAACGCCACAUGAAGGUCUUGCUGGCCGAGCUGAAUCAGUUGAAGGACGAGCAGCAGGCAUUGAAGUAUUGCUUGAUGUCUACAGGCGUUCUGACCCAGGGCGACUUGGCCCGCCUUGCGCCCAGACGAUGCCGAGCGCCGCCGAGCGCCGAACGCCGCGAGAGCCGCGCGGCGGCGCUGUGCCGAGCUCCACACGUGGUGCGAACACUGGCGCAGCUCGUGGGCAGCGAUGCCUUGCACUUCGCCGCGGCGAGUCGGGCAGCCUCGAGUGCAUGCCGCUCAGUGAUGCUGAUGUCCGAGGUUUCUCCAGGUCAAGGCGGCCAAGGCCUCUUCGGUAGGCUCUUCUCAACUGCAUCCAUCUCGCGAGGGGCCUCGCAGGCCUCGCAGGGAGCACCGGCCCAGGAGAACGAGACGACACCGGCGAGCUCGGAGGAGGCGGACGUGCCGCGCAUGAGGCUUUCGGCUAGGCUCUUCUCGCGCUUGCUGUCCUGGAAGAACUCCGAGGAAGAGAACUCGAACGUCUCCGACGUGAUGCAGCUCAAGGAGGUCUUGCGCGGCUUCGGUCGGGCGGCUGGUGCCACUGCAGCGUUCCAGCUCUCGGAGAGCUGCCGUGGCUGUAACGAGGCGCUGCGGCCGAUUUUACCUCUCAUUUCUCAAGAGGCGCCUUACAUCUACGUGUCGGGCGGCUCCUGUGGCCUGGUGGUGGACUCCGCCGAGCGCUUGAAUCCCAGAACGGGUCUGUGGGAGACGUUGCCCUCCAUGUGCAUACCUCGUCGGGCCUGUGCCACUGCGUCCACGGGUGGCAGGUUCUACGUCUUGGGUGGCGUGGACGUGCCCCGCUUCGUUGGGAGCUUCGACCUCCCAUCCUGGGCCUACGAGGACAAGUAUCGUCCUGAAUGCUUUGACCCCGCACAGAACAGAUGGGAAUUGCUGCCCGCGAUGAAUCGGCCCUACACGCAUGCGGCCGCGACAGCGUUGGGGGGCUACAUCUAUGUUUUUGGCGGCUUGAGUUUUGGGCACGUUUUGGACCAGGCCCAACGUUUUGCCCAUGGACAGUGGGAAUGUUUGGAUCCGAUGCCCACGCCACGCUUCGAGUGUACCGCUGCGGCGACCAAGGGCCGGAUCUACGUCCUGGGUGGUUCCAACAUCUCCGGCGAAGCCCUGGGCUGCGUCGAGUGCUACGAGCCUUCCUCUGGGCUUUGGCGGCAGUUGCCGGAAAUGCGGCAGGCUCGCUAUGGAAGCGCCGUGGCGGCGCUGAAAGGACGUGUCUAUGUCUUUGGCGGGCAUAGCCAUUGGGAGAAUCUUUCGGACUGCGAGUGUUACGAUGCAGAGCUCGAAAGGUGGUUUCCUCUCCCUGCCAUGGCCGCUCCUCGCAGCCACUGUGGGGCGGCUGCCGCAGGUGGUCGAAUUUAUGUCUUCGGUGGCCACACCAAUGGCCAGGACAUCAUGACCAUCGACUGCCUCGAUCCCGAGACUCUCUCCUGGGAGGUGGAGCCAUUGCAGAUGCCUCGGCCACGGAGCCAUUGCAUGACGGCCACCGUGCAGUCCUGACCGACCACACCAACGACGUCCGACGUGCUCCCUCGUGGCGGGGCGGGACUCGAGAGGCCAUGGGACUCUGAGAAGAGCACUUGGUU